AUGGCAGCACGUUGCCGGUGGAGCUGGCGCCUGGCGCUCUGCCCACUGCUGCUGCAACUGCUUCUGCAGCUGCUCCUGCUGCCGCCAUCGGCAAUGGGGCAUGAUGAAACCAAAGAAAAUCCCGCUCCGGCCAUGCAAAAUAGCCAGGAGCAAGAGCCAUAUGUCCACCUGCAACAUCUGCAGCAGCAGCAGCAGCAGCAAAAUCCACAAACCGUCCAACAACUUAGCCAAAUUACCGUGAAUAGAACCUCGAAAUCAGCCACUGCCACGCCCACGGGCAUCAGGGAGAACGUGAUGCUGCCAUCGGCCGAUCCGGAGAAGGAGGCCCAGAUCCUGUACGAGAAGUCCUUGCAGGAGUACCACGGCAGUCAGCUCUCCACCGCCUCCACCUCCACGGACGUCAUCGCCGGCAAGCGGACGCUGCAUUCGGUUUGUGAGCGGUGGCUGCAGAAGCAUUGCCACUGCACCGGCAGCCUGGAGGUCCUGCGGCUCAGUUGUCGAGGCAUAGGGAUCCUGGCCGUGCCCGUCAACCUUCCCAGCGAGGUGGUCGUCCUAGAUUUGGGUAACAACAACUUAACCAAAUUGGAGGCGAACUCAUUUUUUAUGGCACCCAAUCUGGAGGAGCUAACUUUGUCCGACAAUAGCAUCAUUAAUAUGGAUCCCAAUGCAUUCUAUGGCCUGGCCAAACUGAAACGAUUGAGCCUGCAGAACUGUGGCCUCAAGUCCUUGCCACCGCAGUCGUUCCAAGGACUUGCUCAGCUGACCAGCCUACAGCUGAAUGGCAACGCCCUGGUCAGUCUGGAUGGCGAUUGUCUGGGCCACCUGCAGAAACUGCGCACCUUGCGAUUGGAGGGCAAUCUCUUCUAUCGCAUUCCCACGAAUGCCUUGGCCGGACUCAGAACCCUAGAAGCACUCAAUUUGGGCAGCAAUUUGUUGACAAUAAUAAACGACGAGGACUUUCCGCGAAUGCCAAACUUGAUCGUGCUUUUGCUGAAGCGAAAUCAAAUCAUGAAAAUCUCCGCGGGAGCUCUUAAAAAUUUAACCGCCUUAAAAGUUUUAGAGCUGGACGAUAAUUUAAUAAGCAGCCUGCCCGAGGGACUCAGCAAAUUGUCGCAACUGCAGGAGCUUUCCAUCACCAGCAAUCGACUGCGCUGGAUAAACGACACGGAACUGCCCAGGAGCAUGCAAAUGCUGGACAUGAGGGCCAAUCCCCUGUCCACGAUUUCGGCAGGGGCGUUUCGGGGGAUGUCCAAGUUGCGGAAGCUGAUUUUAUCGGAUGUGCGAACUUUGCGCUCGUUUCCCGAACUUGAGGCAUGCCAUGCGCUGGAGAUACUGAAACUGGAUCGUGCCGGGAUUCAGGAGGUGCCAGCGAAUCUAUGCCGCCAAACGCCAAGACUGAAGAGUUUAGAACUAAAAACCAAUUCCCUAAAACGCAUCCCAAAUUUAAGUAGCUGCAGAGACUUAAGGCUGUUAGAUCUAUCGAGCAAUCAAAUUGAAAAGAUUCAGGGAAAGCCCUUCAAUGGAUUGAAACAAUUGCACGAUCUGUUGCUCUCCUACAAUCGAAUCAAGGCACUGCCACAAGAUGCCUUCCAGGGCAUUCCGAAGCUCCAACUUCUUGACCUGGAGGGCAACGAGAUCUCGUACAUACACAAGGAAGCCUUCUCCGGUUUCACAGCCCUCGAGGAUCUCAACUUGGGCAACAAUAUUUUUCCAGAGUUGCCCGAAUCGGGACUGCGCGCUUUGCUACACUUAAAGACCUUUAACAAUCCAAAACUUAGGGAGUUUCCACCACCUGACACCUUUCCCAGAAUCCAAACUCUUAUACUCUCGUAUGCCUACCACUGCUGCGCGUUUCUCCCACUGGUGGCCAUGUCCUCCCAAAAGAAAACCUCCCAGGUCCAGGAGGCUGUACUCUUUCCCUCCGAUGCGGAGUUUGAUAUGACUUUGUGGAACAACAGCAUGAUGAAUAUCUGGCCACAAAUGCAUAACCUCAGCAAGCAGUUGGGUGCUUCCAUGCACGAUCCUUGGGAGACGGCCAUUAACUUCAAUGAGGAGCAGUUGCAAACGCAAACGGGAGGCCAAAUCGCCACCAGCUACAUGGAAGAGUACUUCGAGGAGCAUGAUAUGAGUGGUCCUGCCACUGGAUACGGCUUUGGGACUGGACUAUUCUCUGGUAUGUCCACAGAGGACUUUCAGCCGGGUUCGGUGCAGUGCCUGCCAAUGCCAGGACCUUUUCUGCCCUGCGCCGAUCUCUUCGAUUGGUGGACUCUGCGCUGCGGAGUGUGGGUGGUUUUUCUGUUGUCCCUUCUGGGCAAUGGAACGGUGGUGUUUGUGCUGCUCUGCUCGCGAUCAAAGAUGGAUGUGCCCCGAUUUCUAGUCUGUAAUCUGGCCGCAGCCGACUUCUUCAUGGGCAUCUACCUGGGUAUCCUGGCCAUUGUGGAUGCAGCGACGUUGGGCGAAUUUCGCAUGUUUGCCAUUCCUUGGCAGAUGUCCGUGCUCUGCCAAUUGUCCGGUUUUCUGGCCGUACUCAGCUCAGAAUUGUCUGUUUACACGUUGGCUGUGAUCACCUUGGAGCGCAAUUACGCCAUCACUCAUGCCAUUCACCUGAACAAGAGGCUCUCCUUGAAGCAGGCGGGAUAUAUAAUGAGUGUAGGAUGGGUUUUUGCCCUGAUCAUGGCUUUGAUGCCUCUGCUGGGUGUUUCGGACUACAGAAAGUUUGCCGUGUGUCUGCCAUUCGAGACCACCACUGGACCGGCCAGUUUGACCUAUGUAAUCUCACUGAUGUUCAUCAACGGAUGCGCUUUUCUUACUCUGAUGGGUUGCUACCUGAAGAUGUACUGGGCCAUAAGGGGCAGCCAGGCAUGGAACACGAAUGAUUCGCGAAUUGCCAAGCGAAUGGCUCUGUUGGUCUUUACGGACUUCCUUUGCUGGUCACCUAUCGCCUUCUUCUCCAUCACUGCCAUCUUUGGCCUGCAACUGAUUUCCCUGGAGCAGGCCAAGAUCUUUACGGUAUUUGUGCUGCCCUUGAAUAGCUGCUGCAAUCCCUUUCUUUACGCCAUAAUGACCAAGCAGUUCAAGAAGGACUGUGUGACGUUGUGCAAACAUUUCGAGGAAUCCCGCGUUGUGGGAGGUGGCGGUCCGGGUGGACGUGGUGCAGUGGCAAGAACCAAGAGGGGUGAGCUCCCGCCACCACUCUUGCCCGCUGCAGCGGUGGCACAUCCGCCAGGCUGUCGAUGUCUACGGAUGCUGCCCAGCGAAAUGCCCAACUGGCAUAAAAUGGAGCAGACGCCGAGCUUGUGGCAAAGAUUGAGAACCUUCUGCUGCGGGGAGAGCCGAAAGCGUCGCAAACAGCGACGUCAACCGCAACAGCGACGCCAGAGAGCCUAUACUGCCGCAGCCGCAAAUCCGUAUCAGUAUCAGUUUGCUGAACUGCGUCAGCAGCGCCAGAAUCGGGCCAGUUCCAUUUCCAGCGAGAACUUCUGCAGCUCAAGAUCCUCCAGCUGGCGACAUGGUCCACCAUCCUCAGCACCUGUGCCACCGGGUAACUGCAGCAUGCCGUUGAAGAUGCUGGAGCCACAUGCUCAUCCGCACGGUCAUGGGCGCAGACGACACUCCGCCUGGUUGAUCACGCGGAAAACGUCGCAGGACUCGAACUUGUCCAGCUCGCGCAAUGACUCCUCCGCCUCGGCAACCACCGCCAGCACCUCCACCUUCCGGUUAUCCCGGUCAAGUGCCGGCAGCAGCACACCCCUGCCCUCAAUCAUAGCCCACAACGGGAAGGCCCAGUUGGAUGCAGUGAAACCACGAUUGGUCCGCCAGGAAGCAGUCCAGGAGGAAGAGGACUCGUCACCACCCCGCCUGGGAGUGCGUUUCCUGCCCACCAUACCCUCGGCUGCCGACAGUUCUGUCGUCAUGGAAGAUGGGGACUCGGCCAACACGGGAGUAGCCAGUUUUCUAGGCAUGCCACUUCCUGGGGCGUCCAGUGGCUUCCUUAUAGCUCCAACUACCGCUGCCACCUCCCCACCACCGGUGGUCCUGCAGCCGGCGAAGCCACCUCCCGAUCCCAACGACGCACCACUAUGA